AGAGCGAUAUCGAUCCAGCAUCUUACAAGAAUAAAUCGUUGUUGAACAGCUUCAGCGAGCAAGGCUGUCACAAUGAGGGUCGAGACGUGCUAUUUUUGUUCGCAGCCAGUUUAUCCCUCCAAAGGGAUAACUUUUGUGCGCAACGAUGCCCGGACUUUCAGAUUUUGCCGGAGCAAGUGCCACAAGAACUUUAAGAUGAAGAGAAACCCUCGCAAGCUCAAAUGGACAAAAGCCUUCCGCAAGGCGGCGGGCAAGGAGAUGACUGUCGACAGCACCCUCACCUUUGCCGCUCGCCGCAACGUUCCUGUCCGCUACAACCGCGACCUCGUUGCUACUACCCUCCGGGCCAUGCAGCGCGUGUCCGAUAUCCGGGAACGCCGCGAGAAAGUCUUCUACAGACAGCGCAUGGCCGGCAACAAGGAGAAGCAGCUUGCCGCAGACCGCAAACUGGUCGCCGAGAACGAGCACUUGCUUCCCAAGGUCCGCGCGUCGGAGAGACUGGCAGAGGAGCCGGAAGUCAUGGAGGAGGAGCAGAGACUCGAGAUCCCCGUCGAGGGCGGCAAAGUCAAGGGCAAGAAGAAGCUCAUUGUUGGCAAGGGUGUCGAGGACGAGAUGGAUGUCGAUUAAAGAGGAUGAAGAAAGGGAGCAUGAGACAACCCGGUAUCUUUCCGACUGUACUUGUCGCCAAGUCACUCUUUCGGAUUGUGCUUGGGCUCUUUUAUUUCCCUUCACCUUGGCAUAUGUUUUGCUGUUGUGCAAAUUCUUUUGUGCAAAAAGACUUUUUGCUUGUUCGCAUCAAGAACCAGGCGUUUUGGGAACCAUGUUGGAUUUGGAGUUUCGGGUUCAUGGCAGCUAUAUUCUAUAUUAGCAGCACCAGCCACACCAGAAGAGAAAGAAAAGUCUUAUUUACGAUAUCAAAUAUAUUAUUAUUAGACAC